UUGACGUUUGUAAGCAAAUUUCACGUGCAUGGUUUGUAGAAACGCACGUUUUUUCGUUCUUCUGUUAAUUUGGUCGUAAAUUUGUUCGUUUGAGAGCAAGUAGAAAGUAAUUGAUUUGAGUAGGUUAUAUAGGAAUUCAAGUUCUAUAUUGGAACAGCAAAAGUACGGACCAGUAAAACUGCUAUCGCCUUUAAGAUUGUGCAGUUUAGAUCACAAGAAAACAUGGUGUAUAUCGAACCAACAUUUCCCCGAGGAAGGAAAGCCGAAACGGACGAGGAUAAACAUCCGCGUAAAAAAGUCAAAACCAAUAAGGGCUAUGGUGCAUCUACAACCAACGAUGAAAAACCGCAGAAGCUUCGUCAGAGGGAAAGGCACCAACAACGUUUGGAGCAGAUGGAACAAGACAAAGAAGAACAAGAGCAGGGGGCUUCAGCAGCAAAUCUGCAAUUUAAAACAGCCAGCGAAGGAAUGCUAAUUAUGGGAUGCGUAUAUAAGGUGCAGAAAAUGGAACUGACUAUUUCGCUCCCUGGCCGAAUGUUUGGAACAGUACCUGUGAUGAGUAUCUCGGAAGCUUACAGUAACCGUUUGCAAAGUUUGAUGCAGAACAACACAUCGUUAGUCAAACGUUGUCCGGGGUUGGAUGAGUUGUAUGAACCGGAUGAUCUUGUUUAUGUGAAGACUAAGCAACGGCAAGAAGCAGAUAAACGCUACCAGCUAACGUUGGACCCCAAAGAGCUGCACAGUGAAUUGAACCACAAACACCUGGUAGAAGGCUUGGUAUUGAGCGCAACCAUUGAAGAGGAGGAAGAUCACGGUUAUCAAAUGAACGUUGGCAUAAAAAAUGUGCGUGCUUUUCUUCCGCUGGCCAAGGUAAGGAAGAACAAGACGGAAAUCGGGGCAAACUUAUUCUGUGCCAUAGAAAAAGUUACGCACACAAAUGUAUCGGCGACGAUUAUUUUGAAAGCUUUCAAACCGAACGAACCGAGAAAGUUGGCAGUUGAACAGGUUAACAUUGAUGCUUUAGUACCGGGAUCGGUAGUUACCUUCACCGUCGGGUCGGUUCUGUCAAACGGCCUACAGGGUACGUUGUUUGAUGAUACUAUUCCAGCUUUCGUUAACGAGAAUAUGUUGGAAAAACCUUUGUCAAAGUUGAAAAACUACGAGCUUUUCAAACAGGUACAAGCGCAUAUUUUGUACGUGAUGCCGAUGAGUAAGCAUAUCUUUCUAACACUGGCCAACUUCGAUGGCAAUAAAGCUAACGUCAAAGAUCCCAUUGUCCCUGGGACUAUCGUACCGGAUGCUAAAGCUCUGCAUAAGUGUGCUUCUGGGGUGUGGUUUCAAAUAGGUAAAAAAUAUAAAGGACUCUUGCCAAGAAACAUUCUCCGAAGUAAGUACGACGCAAACUACGACGAGCAGAUUGUAAUGGCUAAAUAUCAGGCCAACUCUCUGCACAAGGUGCGAGUGGUUCGGUACGAAGUCUUCGAUCGAACCAUGAUUGUGACCGAUGACGACAAAAUGAUCGACAUGAAGUACUUUUCGGUCAGUGAUCUGUCGGUUGGAGAAACGUACAGCUGUCGAGUAACUAAGAUGCUCGAUGGCAAUCGGGGCUACGUGGUAGCACUGGACAAUGUGAAAGGACUUCUAACGUCGUACAACUUUUUCAAUCGGAAACCACUUUCGGUAAAUCAAACGGUCAAACUUCGACUGAUUGCCAUAGAGGACGAUCGCAAGCUGGCACAGUUUAGCAAUCAUCCUGAAUAUUUGAAGAAAUCUGCUAAAUUGAUAAUGGAUCGUGAAAGUGUUUCGGUUGGGGAAUCCUACCACGGAACCGUUAUUUCUGAAGGAAAUGAAUUUUUCGUUGUUGCAUUCUGUAACAAGAUCACUGGAAUUCUAUUUAAAUUUUGCCGACAGGUCGCUCAAGAUCAAAGUAAAAUUACAGCUUUGAAACCGGGUGCAGUCGGUUUUUUCACCGUACACGAAGUAGCCGAAAACGGCGAGAAGAUUACCCUUUCGAUUCCACUGAAUGCAGGCCUCGAUAAGCUUGGCCUGAUUACAGAGGGGACUGUCACUGGGGUGUAUGCUACCGGUGCCGAGAUCUAUCUGGUUAAGGAGAAUGAAACAGGAACAAUACGACCGGAAACAUACUCCGACUUCCCUGCCCACAACAUUAUAUACCAAAAUCUACUGAAAGCAGGUGAAAAGUUGCAGGUCGUCAACGUCGAUAAAGGUAGCUACAGUUGUCGCGAUGUGCAGUAUUUCCGGCACAAGCCCACCCAAUCGAAGGACGUUAACAUUGGUCAGAUUCUGCGUGCCUAUUGUGUGGAAUUAUUACCGAAACAGAAGGUUUCGCUACGGUUGGCGCUGAAAGAUUACUCUCGAAAUGUGUUUCUUCGAAAGAAAGAGUUUACUUCAACUCCGACAGCAAUGCAGAUCGAAGUAGGACAGGUCGUACUGGUAAAAGUGACAGGACGACUGCGGAAGGAGGAUGGCUUUUUGUUCCGUGUUUCAGCGACACUACAAGAUGUUUGUUCGCAGGGUGUCGACGAGGUUGUCAGACUCUUGCAAACCUAUCUGACGGAUGUGCAGCGAUUGCAGAAGCGAUUCCAAUCUGCUGAUAAAGCUUUCUCGAGGUAUUCCGUUGGACAAGCGGUCGACUGUGUGGUUGAAAGUUUUGUCGAUGAUGACGAACAGACGAUGAUUGUGCGGCUGGACGGUGAGAACGCCGAGAGUACUGUGAAAGGAAUCGCUUCGAAAGAUCCUAAAAAAGACAGCUACGCCGUCGGUGAUCAACUUGAAGGCCGAGUUGUUUGGGUGGACAUAGAGAGGCAGUUGGUGAGCGUGUGCGUGGUAAAGAAACAUUUGAAGAACUUGAUAGUGCAGGAAUCUUGGGAAUCACCCAGCGAACUGUUGGACGUCGAUUCACCGAAGAAAUUCGUAACACUGUACAAAAACAGUCACGUGGCUGUUGGAUGUUUGCCGAAGGUGGACUGCCCAUUGGUGAUAGUUCCACUGAAGUGUCACUACAAUGAUUUCGAACCCGUGGAAAUCGGAGCAAAGGCUCGUGUAAUUCUGAUGCGUAAACACAAUGGAUUAAUGCUAGGAGUUACGGUAGAAAGCUAUGAAAAAUUUAAAGAUUUAAAAGGAUCAAUUAUUGCCGUUCCCAAGAAAGCACCCGCCGAAUAUUGCUGGUUACCUGAGGACUAUGAGGAACCGUUGCUAAAUGAUUUACCGCCUCUAUCGUCGGAGGAGAAGAAACAAGACGAAAGUCACAGCGACUCUGGAAUCGAUAAAGAUGGAGAAACAGUUGUAAAGAAAAGCAUGAUCAAAUCUACUAAAAAAUUGAACAAAAAAAUCAAAAGCUCAGUCAUUGAAAAAUUCGAAAAAGUUCAGGCUUCCCCGGGAAAAAUCUUAAAACUCAACCACAAAAAGAAGGCAAAGUCUGCUGAUAAAAAGUUGAAAGCGAAAAUGCCACUUAUCAUCAGUCAGCUGGAUGGGGCUGAAGAUUUGCCCCGUUCCAAGAAAAUCAAAUCGAACAAAAAGAAAAAUCAGAAAACUUUUUUCGCCUCGCGUCCAGCGGCUAAAGAUCCGGAUUUAGCCAACGCCCAAACGCCUGGUCAGCUCGAGAAAAAAGACAAACUACAUCAACUAGCUCAGCAAACGAAGUUUAAGAAGAAAAAUAAACACCGAAACAAUCUCACCGGACAGACCGUCGGCCGGAUGCUGCAAAACAAUCUUCCCGGUCCCACCAGUUUCUGGAGCUCCAAGCCAAGUACGGUUCGCGAACAGUCAAUCGACUCCGACUCAAGCGAUGACGACACACAAUCGGAAACACAACCGAAGACACGUCUCACCGGGAAGGAACGUUUCGAAGCCAUGAAGCAGGAGGAGAAACGGAUCCGUCAAAUCGAGGAAGAACUGGCGGAUGCUUCGGUUGACCCGCAUACCCCGGAUCAGUUCGACCGGUUGGUGUUGGCCCAACCGAACAGCAGUCUGCUGUGGAUUCGCUAUAUGGUGUUUCACAUGGAAUCGGCCGAAAUUGAGAAAGCGCGUGCGGUUGCACGGAAAGCGUUGAAAACGAUCAAUUUUCGCGAAGAAGACGAACGCCUGAACGUGUGGAUUGCGUUGCUUAAUCUCGAACUGCGUUACGAAACGAUUGAAACUUUCAAGGAAAUUUUGCAAGAAGCUAUCCAAUACAACGAUAGCUACAAGGUUUAUUCUAAAGUGAUCGGAGUUUUGAUUGACUGCGGAAAAAUUCCCGAGGUUCAGGAAAUGAUCGACACACUGCAGAAAAGAUUCCGAAAACAAUCAGAGAUGUGGCUGUUGAUUGCUGAUUGCUACUACAAAAUAGGUCAGACGGUAAAAGUGAAACCUUUGCUUAGCAAAGCACUCAAAUCACUGCAAAACAAGGAACAUAUACCGCUAAUAGUCAAAUUUGCCUUCCUGCACAAUCGUAACGGAGACCGUGACGAGGCGCAUCUUCUGUUCGAGCAAAUUCUAACUUCCUAUCCCAAACGGACCGACAUCUGGUCCCAGUACGUCGAUAUGUUGGUCAAAGAUGGCCUAAUCAAUGCGGCUAGGCAAACGCUGGAACGUGCGAUCGUCCAACGGUUACCGAUGAGAAACAUGAAAACCCUCUACACCAAGUAUGUAAAUUUCGAGGAAAAGCACGGAGACCGGGAAUCGGUGAAAAAAGUGAAACAGAUGGCGGCCGAUUAUGUUAAGCAACAGCUCAGCACCGGUGGAGUUGCGGUAGUCUAAUUCUAUGUAGGUUACGAUAAAGUAUGAAUAAAAUUGUUAUAUUCAACUUGGCAAACAAAUAA